UCGAUUGAAACAACGACAGUGUCAGCAUCAGAGAAAAAAUUAUUAAAAAAAGAGAAAAAAAACAAAAAGCAAAAACGCAAAUCUUUCGGAGUUUACAAACGAACUUUUCACGCAACAGCCAUCGACAUUGUCCAGAUCCAACACCACAUAUUGACCAGCUUCAGCACGCGGAGAUCGGAACCAGCAGCCACGCAGACACAGGAUAUCCAGCGGGAGGAAGCAGCACCAGGAGACGGUGGGGGAGGGGGGGAGGGUGGGUAGCUGGAGCAUUGUCUUGCCCAUGCGAAGCACGUCCUUGAACUGGAGCACACGAGUCUGGCACAAGGAGAGCUGAUCCCUCCGCAUCCUUCGCAAGACAGCCGCAGAAGUGAAUCCUUGGACUCUCCUCUCCUUUUCAACAUGACGGAACCGGUAGUGUCCACUGGCGAACUGGGUCCUCCUCCUCCGCUGGCCGGCCCAAUAGCGAACGGAGAGACUGCCAACUCCUCCGCUGAUCUUGAGCCGCCGCCAGAUCAGGAACCAGGGGCAGAGCCAGAGCCUAAACCAGGACCUGAACCAGGACCUCCACCAGGACCUCCACCGGAUCCAGGGCCAGCACCAGAACAAGGACUUGAGCCAGCACUACCAAGACCAGCACCAGAACAAGGACCGGAAACAGGACCCGUAGCAGGUGCAGUACUAGAACAAGGACCUGAGACAGUGCCAGUACCAGUACCAGUACUAGUACUAGAGCAAAGACCUGAGGCAGAACCAGGACCUGAACCACCACCAAGUCCGGAACCACCGCCAGACCCUGCACCUGCCACACAGCCUCCGCCAAGGACGCCCAGCGGCAAUCCGGAUGCCCCAGCCAAGAUGGACACACCGCAGAGCGUGUCGGACACCUCGAGCGGAGCCCAGAUGUCGCCCUACGCACCCGUCUUCUAUCCCAUGGGCUCCUACAAGGCCAAGGAGCGGGCCAAUGACUCAGAGAAUGCUCCACGCAAGCCGCCGUUGCGGCACUCCUUCGAGUUUGGUUUGGAGAAUGGAACUGGACCUUACAUCGGACCGGGAGGCGAUAUCCCGCGGAGCUAUCUCUUUCUCAAAUCAGGCCGUGGCGAGCGCAACUGCAACAGCUUUGGCUUGGGCAUGGAUCAGGAGUCCGGCGAGCAGGGCGCCGGAGGACUGGGACUGUCCACAUCACCACCUGCAUCACCAUCGGAGCCGCCCACCACGUGGGUGCCCUGCUUCCGACCGAACACCAUCAAUGAGCCGCCGGCGGCAGUGCCGGAGCCGGAUCUGUCCAGGGAGACGGAGUGCGGUACCAACCACAAUCGCAGCCGGGUUUUCGACGGCACCGAGACGACGACCUCGCCGCCGGGUUCCUCCGGAUUGGCUGGAGAUCCGGAUAAGGGGACCUGGGCAAAGUUCCCGCCCUUCGGUAACUUCGCCGGGCAAAUGGACGAGUUCAUGGCCACACUGCGAAACCUGCUGAUACGAGCCAAUGACCUGCUGGCGCCGCUGCUCCAAGGUCCCUUCCAGCACAUGACGCCCACCCAGAUGGCCGCCUACACCACCGCCAUUCUGGAGACACCGCCGCUGCAUCCGAGUCUCUUCCUGCCGGCGAAUGCCCCACGUCCCUGGGCGACCGCCACUGGACUCGACCUGCCCUACGACAGCCAUCCGCACAGCCUCACGCCCGAGGAUCUGGCCCGCAUCCAGGCGAUUCCCAAGCUGGUGGAUGCCACCACCCAGACGGAGUUCCGGUGCAAGUGCAUGCUGCUCUCGCCGAGUGAAGGUGAAUCUGUGCCUCCGCAGGCCUACUUCCCGGGAUCACCGGCGGUCUUCGAGAUGUCCCCCAACGGACCUCGGAUGAGAGGACAUCCGGGUGGUGGCCCUAGCGGACCCAUGAUGCAGCAACCGUAUCCACCUGGACCACCGAACGGACCGCCACAAAACGGACCACCGACGCAGCAGUUUGGCCUUUGGGGCAGGCCCAUGGGAAUGCCAAUGCACCCACAUCAGGGGUCGCAUCCCCAUCCCCAGUCGCAUCCCCAUCCCCAGACGCAUCGCCAUCCCCAGACGCAUCCCCAUCCCCAGACGCACCCCCAUCCCCAGCCGCAUCCACAGUCGCAUCACAUGCAGCCACCACAUCCCCAUUCGCAUGGUUCCUUCCAGCAUCCGAGUUACCCGAACCCCCAUCCGGGAAUGCAGCCGGGUCAUCCGAUGGCGCCGCAUCACCCCCAGCCGCACAAGUUGGGCGGAUCACUGCGCUAUCCGGAGUCGGGUCGCUUCGGCUACCGCUCGGGUCAGUUCGGUGGGGGCAACCAGUGCCGCUACGGACCCAUUGGCAGCGGACGUCCCGGCCAGAGUAACGGCGGACGAGGCUACCCGAAUGCGAACUUUGGUGGUCGGGGAGAUCCGGUCGUGGUGAGGCCCUCUGGCAGUCACCAAGCGGCCCAGGCCCAUGGCCCAUCCACCUCGGGCGGCAGUCCAGGUCGGCCGGUUGAACUGGAGAUGCAGCUGUGGCUGAACCUGGACGGAACCUAUACCGCUAGGAGGAGGCCGUCGGACACGUCGCGCAGCGAGAACUCCGCCAGCGUGAACCUCAGUUUCCGAUCGCGGAUCGAGGCGGGGGGGUCGGAGCGGCGGGGCAGCGCGGGAAGCAGCAACAUCGAGGAGGAGGAGGAGGCCAACGGCGAGGAUGGCGAAGAGGAGGAAGGCGACGAGGAAGGUGAGGAAGAGGAGGAAGGCGACGAAGAGGAGGAGGGGGGCGAGGAUGAAGGGGAGGAGGAUGACGAGGAAGAGGAUGAGGGGGAAGAUGAGGAGGAGGAGGACGAGGAGGAGGAAGAGGAGGAGCAGGUGGCGCGGGCCAACGAACCUCGAGAACUCGGGGUCGAGGAUAUAGCCGGCCUGGUGGAGCAGCAGAUCAACGAACUGGUCGGUUCCAAUUCCCGGCCCUUCUGCUUCGGCGAGGUCGAUUUCGUUAACUACGUCUUGUCGGAGACCCCCCUUCUGCCCAAUCGCUCCCAGACGGGCUAUGGAGCCACCUACCAGGAGCACCAAAUGCCGCAGACGCCGCGCGGCAACGUGCCCUGCGCCCAGGUGCAGCCCCACGUCAUGCCCCCCACCCAUUUCCCGGGCUAUGCCGUUGCUCGGGACCAUCGGGAGCUCCCCUCCCAGACAAUGCCACCAAUGCCACAAAUGCCACCAAUGCCACCAAUGCAACAAAUGCCUCAAAUGCCACCAAUCCCUCAAAUGCCUCCAAUGCCCGGAAACGGCUUUGGUCCCAAUGGAGCUCCCCCAAUCGGCUUCCAAGUUCCAGCUGACAACCAGCCGAAGGAGCCGGAGCACUUUAACAACAACCACUACAAUAACUACGGCCCCAUGUACGGCCAGCAGCGACCCAAUCCCGACUACCCAGCCAAUCCAGCCAAUCCAGCCAUGAUGGGCCACGAGCCUGGUCCCAGUGGGAUCUACAUGAGACCAGCCGGUCCACCGCCCACCAUGUACCAAAUGCGGCAGGAGCGGCCCAUGAUGAUGCAAAACGUCAAUGGCAACCUGGGUUUGAUGAAUGGCAACGGACACGGGCAGGGACCCGGACACGGAUACGGCAACGGACGUGGUCGCGGCUACAGUCCGAGUCCCAGUCGAGGACCUCAUGGUCCGCAUGGCCACCACAUGACCCACCAGCAGUAUCAAUCCCACCCCGGGAUGCCCUUUAACGGCAACAUCGGCCAGAACAUGCUGCCCCCGCAAAUGAGCGGUGGUCCAGUGAACCAUGUGAACCACGUGAACCACAUGAACCAUGUCAACCACAUGAACCACAUGGGCAGAGGCAGAGGCAUGGGAAUGGGGGUCGGAUUGCUGCCCCUGCCGGUGCAGAUGCUCAGCCCGAGCCGGAUGCCACAGCCGAACAUGCAGCAGAGUAUUCAGCAGGGUAUGCCGCAGCCCAACAUGCCAUAUGGUAUGCCGCAAGGAAUGGCACAGGGUAUGCCACAGGGUAUGCCGCAAGGUCUGGGACAGGGUGUGCCACAGGGUAUGCCACAGGGUGUGCCACAGGGCAUGCAACAGGGUGUGCCACAGGGUAUGCCACAUGGUAUGCCGCAGAAUAUGCAACAGGGUAUGCCGCAGACUAUACCACACAGUAUGCCACAGGCUAUGCAACAGGGUAUGCCACAGAAUAUGCAACAGGGUAUGCCACAGGGUAUACCACAGAAUAUGCAACAGGGUAUGCCACAGGGUAUACCACAGAAUAUGCAACAGGGUAUGCCACAGAAUAUGCAACAGGGUAUGCCGCAGAGUAUGCCACACAGUAUGCAACAGGGUAUGCCACAGGGCUUGUCACAGAAUAUGCAACAGGGUGUGCAGCAGGGUAUGCAACAGGGUAUACCACAGGGUAUGCAACAAGGUAUGCCUCAGGAUAUGUCACAGGGUAUGUCGCAGGGUAUGCAACAGGGAGUACCACAGGGUGUACCACAAGGUGUACCACAAGGUGUAUCACAAGGUGUAUCACAAGGUGUACCACAGGGUAUACCCACAAGUAUGAACCAUCCCAAUAUGCAGCAAGGAAUGCCCAUGAAUAUCCCACCGUCCAAUCGCAACACGAGUCCCCGCGUCAAUCUCAAUGCGAUGCAAAAUUUCCACCUGAAUGGCAACAGUCCGGAGCUGAACAAGAUGCCAAUGCCGUACAUAGGUGAAGGAGGAGCCGGAAGAGGCAACACGCCCAACAGAAUGGGACCAGAAAUGUCGAUCGGUGGCGAGAUGGUGCAGCAAAUGACAGCGACUCCUGGACACGAUCUCCGACAGCACUGUGGCCCCAAGCCGCAUGACCCCAGCCCACGUCAAUCCGGAUCGAGGGUUGCGUCGCCAGCCGCGCCGAGACCACCCAGCACUCAGCCGCAGGGUGAGGAAGGACCUGCCCCCGAAGGGGCAACCUGCCAGCAGAAGAUCACCCAACCGUCCUACGCCUCCGUGUUGCAAUAGAAUUGCACCGGGGCGGGGCAGUUUCUUUUCAUUCAAAUUUUACGUGUAAAACAUGGCCACUUCGUUCCAAAUUCAAUCUAGUCAAAUCGAAAUUCACUUGUUUCUUUGUUUCCUUAUUUUUUUGGUUAAAUAAAACACGCACACUCCGCACAAUUUA